CGUUGUUGUGCUAAGCUGCUAUUGAAAGCGGUCGCAAGCCGAUGUAAUGCAAAGGAGCUUGCUUAGGCUGCAAUGCAUGUGAAGCAUUGCCCGGCAUUGCACAGGCUCACCGGCUAUCUCAAAAAACCUCCCGACCUUCUUUGAGGAAGCACAUUUCCCCUCAGCAAACAUCAAGGGCAGCCAGCAGGUCUUGCCAGCAUUCUCUCCAAAGAAUCAGCGCGACGUCCAGCAAGAAACCCUCGCUUUCGCGCUAAGAAGCCACCUCUCGCGAACAUGGUGAUCAAGGGCAGCCUCCCCAUUGCCUCCUCCUCCGCCCCCUCCACUCUCGCGGGUCCCAAAGGUUUGGCAGCGUGGCAGCAGCGGCAGAAGCAGGCUGGGAACUCCUCCACUUCCACUGAGGGGGGGUCUGACACCAACCCCUUCCUGAGCAUGCUCUCCGGGGGGGCCCUCCAGGCAGGCUUCCAGCACAUCCCGCGCCCCCCCAUGGGGUACACGGAGAACAGCUCCUGGACGUUCACCCAAUCCGGCAGCGCGUGCCUGGACUUCUUCUUCCAGGUCGUCGCGGACACCCCCCCUGAAAGGGUGCGCCAGCUGCUGGGGGCGGCGUGGAAGGAGGACCCCCUGCUGGCGCUGAAGCUGCUGUUCCAUCUCAGGGGGGUGCGCGGGACGGGCAAGUCCGAGAAGGGGGGCUUCUACACGGGGGGGCUGUGGCUGGCGGAGCAGCACCCGGGGACGCUGCUGGGCAACCUGAGGCAGGUCGGCGUGUUCGGGUACGACAAGGACCUGCUGGAAAUCGUGCUCAGAGUCCUGGAGGGUCCGGAGGGGACUGCCCAGCGCGCACAGCAGAAGGCAACCCACGACGUGGCGGUCAAGGCCGGCAAGGCGCGGGCGGCCCGCAAGGAGAGCGUGAAGCAGGCGGGGGUGUUCGCUCACAAGAAGGGCGAGGCUGCCCGGGUGGCGAAGCGGGAGGGGACGCUGAAGCCGCGAGAGGAGCGCAUCGCGCUGCAGCUGGAGAAGAACAAGGAGGCGGGCGAGCGCGCGCGCGUGGAGCGCAAGGAGCGCGAGUACGAGCUCGCGGCGCGCUCGGUGCGCGUCUACGCCCACAACGGGAGCUACCGCGCGCUGCACGACACGGUGGCGGACGUGUUCGCGGAGCAGCUGGCGCGCGACGUGGACAGCCUGCGCGCGGGGCGGCCGUAUGACGUCAGCCUGGCGGCCAAGUGGGCGCCCAGCCCGGACAAGAGCUACGACCGCGCGACGCUGCUGUGCGAGGCGAUCGCGCGGCGGAUGUUCCCCCGGGGGGCGGCCGAGGCGGGGCUGUCGGAGGCGGAGGACGCGGCGCGCGCGCGUGACCAGCUGCGGCGCUCGGUGCUGACGCCGCUCCGCGCGGCGCUGGCGGUGCCGGAGGUUUUCUUCGCGGCGCAACGGUGGCACGAGGUGCAGUACAAGCGCGUGCCGAGCGUGUGCAUGCGCAUGAACAAGGACGUGUUCGUGAAGCACGACAAGGAGCGCUUCGAGGCGUUCCUCGCGGACGUGGCGGCCGGGAAGACCAAGAUCGCGGCGGGGGCGGUGCUGCCGCACGAGGUGCUGCAGGAGGCGGUGACCGGUUCCGGCGCCGGGGCGGAGGUGGCGGAACGGCAGUGGGAGCGGAUCGUGGCGGAUCUGAAGCAGAAGGGCAGCCUGGCCAACUGCAUGGCUAUCUGUGACGUCAGCGGGUCGAUGUACGGAACGCCGAUCCAGGUCGCGAUCGCGCUCGGGAUGCUGGUGGCAGAACUGGCGGAGGCGCCGUGGGGGGGCAAGCUGAUCACGUUCAGCGCAAACCCGCAGAUGCACGAGGUGCGGGGGGGUAACCUGCGGGAGAAAUACCGCUUCGUGUCGCAAAUGCAGUGGAACAUGACCACCGACUUCCAGAAGGUUUUCGACAACAUGCUGGCGCUCGCGCAGGCGACCAACCUCCCGCCGGACGCCAUGGUGCGUCGCCUCUUCGUGUUCAGCGACAUGGAGUUUGACGCCGCGAGCGCGCGGCCGUACCAAACGGACUACGCGGAGAUUGAGCGGAAGUUCCGGGAGGCGGGCUACGGAACGCCGCCGGAAAUCGUGUUCUGGAACAUGCGGGACACUUCGAGCACGCCCGUGAUCGCGACGCAGCGCGGGGUGGCCAUGGUGUCCGGGUUCUCGAAGAACAUCCUGAAGCUGUUCCUGGACAACGACGGGGACAUCGACCCGAUGGUCAUCGUGCGCAAGGCGGUGGCGGGGCCCGAGUACGAGAAGCUGACACUGGUGGACUGAGGGGGCAAAAUGAAAGAAAUCAAAGGACAAGUCUUGAAAAGAAAAGGAGUUGAGUUUUGAGUUUGCAGAGUGUACACUGAGGUUUAGAAGACUGCAGCCAUUUUUAUUGUAAUUGACGGGAAAGUGGCCGUGCCAACUUUGAAUCUAGGAAAAUAGACCGACUGUAUCAUCGAAGUAAAGUUGUCUGAGAGGUCCUCGAGCCGGCUGGUGUGUACGUCGACAAGAAGUGUUUGAAACUGUCAGCAGAUAGGUACAGUUGAAAGGAAGAGGGCAAAGCCCUGGACGAUCCUGUGAAAGUGAAAGCCAGAGACCGAUACUUGCAGCAUAUAUUCGGAAAAUCUGUAAAUCUGAGUCUUGAAUCGUUUAAAGAGCUGCAAUAGCCAGGUCGCAUCUGUCAUUAAGUUCAUCAACCGCUGGCAAAAGCUUGCAUCCCAAAGUCCUGGCACUUUCCCCGGCU